AUGGACACCUCACCUGAGCAGCCCCGAAACUCCAUAUCAUUGGCCCAGACAAUGGACGAUCUGAUUCGCGAUCAAAAGGCCAUGUUUCAGGCCAUGAAUCUUCGACAAGCAUACACCCGCGAAAUUUCAAAAUAUGAUACCUUACUGAAAGACUACAAAAUACUGACUAAGAAGGUUGCUUCUAUUCAGGAUCUGAUAAAUGAAGAAGAACUCAGUGGAAAGCCCAAUCUCGAGCAUCACAGUUCUGUGUUGUCGAUUCUCAGCAGCCUGAAAAAGGUUCAAACUUUUCAUGAUCUUAACGAUUCAAAUCCGUCGGAUGAUGGUCUUUUGUUUGACAAAUCAGAUGACAGUCUAGACAACCUUUUGAACACCACUGUAGCAAACGUCCCCAAAAAAGAUAUCGAUCAAUCUUGCGCCCAAAUUGAUGCUGAAACCGAAUCCCGUCCUGUACCCAUUCCAUCAACAUCUAACGUUGACAGUCCUCAGGUUAAGCUAAAAAAAUCUGCUUCUACUGUUUCCAACUUUGGCGCAAACACUUCAAUGCACCGGCUGAACGCGAUGCGAAAAAGAACUAAAUUUGAUAACGAGCGCCUGGACGUACGGGAGCAUACCUUUCACCAGAAAAAGGCUUUUAAACCUUCAACCGUUUGCGGCGCUUGUGGCAAAACCAUUAGUUUUUGCGCCAGUUACCUCGUUUGCACUGACUGCCAUGGAGUUACUCACGCCUCUGACAAGUGUAAGGCAAUGCUACCGAAGCCUUGCGUUCCCUUUCGCGCAUCCAAAGCCGGUCUGACGCGAAUGCAACAACCAAGCAGCAACCAAGUUGGCCGCAUGGUACUGCUUGCUGACUUUACCGAAACUGGCUCCCGACCUUGUGUGCCCGCUCUGCUCAUUCACUGCUGCAACGAGAUUGACCGUCGCGUUGAGGAGGCAAAAAAGAACCCCAACUCGUUGAACUCCUCUCUCAGCGGUCUCUAUCAAAACGCAACUGCCGAAAAGCAGGCAAAAGAACUUCGACUUCGCAUCUUGAGCGGAAAUGGCAUUCCAAAUCUGGGCAGUUUUGAACUAAAUGUUCUCUGCAGUGUUGUCAAGAUGUUCCUCCGCGACAUGGACGAUCCAGUGGUCACUCGAAUCAUGUGGAAUGACUUUGUUCGUGCUUCAGAACACAUUCAGAAAACCUCUCUUGGUGAUGGUUCUCCCACUGACAGCGAUUACGAAUCGCAGCAAGAUAAUGAAUCAGAUGGCUCAUCCAACGAAGAGUGGCAGGAGGCAUUGCGUGUUUUGAAGGCAGUAGUUGUGCAGCUUCCUAACGCCAAUCGUGAUUCACUGUGCUUUCUCUUUUUGCACUUUUAUCGCAUUUUGGAGUCGUCAACUGUUGUCAAACUAAGUGCCGAUGAUUUAUCAGCAGUCUUUGCGCCGAUGAUUGUUGGCUCCUCUCGUGCCAAGAAUAGCACUAUUCGACUGUCCAUUUCUGGCGAUUCUCGACGAGAAAGUGAAAAGCAAAUUACGGUUAUGAAGGCUUUUUUCAAGCUGUCUCGCCGCUUCUGGGAAGGUCUUCUCAAGGAUCCCGAUUUCUGUCCUUUUGAAACUACAGUAAAUUUCAAUCUAAACUGCACUCAAUCGAAGUUAAACACUAGCAUUAAGAAGAUAUCUACAAGUAACCUUAAGAUGAUCAACGACGGUGGUGUUUACUAG